AAAAACAUGAAUUUCUUCAGAUCUCGUCUUUCCAUCGGCAACCUCAUAGGUCAGAGGUGCAGACAGGUCACUGAAACAUGGAGCCACAGAGGGAUGUGUAAUAAACCGCAGGAGGCCAAAGCCGAGCCUCCGCCCGCAGUCCCAGCGCAAGCACCUCGUGCCGGAUUCAGGCUCCCAGGCUACAGACCCUCAAACAUGGACAAGAAGUUUCUGGUCUGGUCGGGACGCUUUAAGACAGCAGACCAGAUACCAGAGCUUGUGUCGUUUGAGACGAUUGAUGCUGCCAGAAACAAAGUCAGAGUGAAAGCCUGCUACCUGAUGAUGGCGGCCACAAUAGGGGCCUGUCUGGUGACAGUGUUUCUGGGAAAACGGGUGAGUGACAACAGAUUACAAUGUUUUUCUCCCGUAUUUGUUUACAAGGAGGAAAAUCUUAGCUGAAUGGUUUAAAGCAGG